AUGGCAGGGCCAAGUACUGUCGCAGCGCAUUAUUCCCUGCUCGGAGGCGGCUUCACCGACGAGAGGUGCUGCUUCUACUUCGUCUCCGUACGUAGAAGUGAAUCGCUGAUGGAGAGAAGUGUAGAGAUGUUGGUAGACCUUGAUCUACAUUCGGUCGUUCUAGGACAUUUUGAAAGACGCAUGUUGUUCGGCGAAUCAGAUGAAAUCGCCUCCCAUAAUUCCUUAACCGAUGAACAGUUUCGAAGAAAACGUUUGUUUGGCACGGACCCCUGCGAAGGACCGUGGAUAAAUGUGGGAUGCGACAAAGGCCGAGUGACGGACCUCGUAUUCUACGAUCUUCAACUCUCCGGCACUCUCCACCCCUCCAUCGCCAAGCUCUCUGCCCUACAAUCUGUCGACCUCAGCAACAACCCUCUUUCUGGACCGCUACCUUCCUUGGCCGACCUCGAAUUUCUUGACACCCUCAUACUCCAUGACACGGCCUUCUCCUCUAUCCCCACUGACUUUUUCUCCGGUCUCAUUCGCCUGCGGCGAGUUUCCAUGGACAACAUCCCUCUAGCACCGUGGAGUUUACCAUCUAGUCUUUCAGGCUCCUCGAACCUCAGUGAUUUGUCAGCAUCUAAUGCCGGCAUCACUGGCGCGAUUCCCGAUGAAUUUGCGUCGUUAUCAUCUUUAGCGAAUCUCACGCUAUCUCAUAACAACCUAACCGGUCAUAUCAGCAUGAUCGGCGCGCCGCCGCAAUUGGUUCGCAUAGAACUGCAAUCAAACCACCUCACCGGCCCUAUCCCCGAUCUCUCUAACCUCACUCUGCUGCAGUCUUUCCAAGCUCGCGAUAACGAUCUGACGGGAAUCGUUCCGCUGUCACUAAGGACGGUGCCCGGGCCGUGCGACGCAAGAGUGACAAUACUGUUAGAGGUGGCGGCGGGAUUCGGCUACCCGCUCGAGCUAGCUAGUUCCUGGACGGGGAACGAUCCUUGCACUGAUAGCAGGUGGCUCGGGAUUGGUUGCGACGCAAAGGCGAAUGAUAUCGUUGUCCUCGAUUUCUCGAACCGCAAUUUCUCAGGGACAAUCUCAUCGAAUGUUGCCGAACUCACCUCACUGAAGAAGAUUGUGCUGAGCAACAACAGACUGCACGGAUCCAUUCCGGAGAGCCUGGCCGCUUUACCUGUGUUGCAGCUGCUGGACGUCACUAACAAUAAUCUCUCAGGAAAGGUGCCGAAAUUUCGCAGCUCUGUUACGUUGAAGCUGUCUGGAAAUCAUUUUGACAAUGGUUACUAG